AUGGGUGUUAAGCCCAGAACCGACCGCCCCGUCGCAGUCAUCGGCGGCGGCGUCCUCGGCCGCCGCAUCGGCUGUGUCUUCAUCGCUACCGGCUACUAUGUCCACAUCCGGGAUCCCUCGCCGGAGGCUCUCCGCGACGCGGCAGAGUACAUCGAUCACCACAAAGCCGAGUUCUCGUUGAUGCCGCGUAUUCACAAGGCCCGUGAAGGAGAUAGCGACGGAAACCCGAACGAGCCCAAGACCCACGUUUCCCAGGUUGAUAUCGAGGCGUAUACUUCUGCGCCCUACGGUAUCUGCAAGACUUUCACCGAGCUGGAGCCCGCUGUUUCCAAUGCUUGGCUGGUUAUCGAGGCUGUGCCUGAGGUGCUGCAGUCCAAGAUUGAUACUUUGGCGGAAUUGGAUAAGUGCGCUCCGGCGGAUUGUUAUAUCGGCUCUAGCAGCUCUUCAAUGAAGUCAAACUUGAUGCUUACCAAGGUCUCCCCCGAGCGUCAGCGCGAAACCGACCCCGAGAUCCUCCCUUACCUGGAGACUGUCUUGGGCGAGUGUGGCAUGUUGCCAGUGACAGCUCACCGUGAAUCGACCGGAUUCAUCUUCAACCGCAUCUGGUCAGCAGUCAAGCGCGAAAUCAUGCAAAUCCUCUCCGAAGGCGUCAGCGACCCCGGCGAAAUCGACCUCCUCUGGGAACACAUGUUCAAGAACGGCCCUCUCCCCUGCCAAUUGAUGGACCAAGUCGGCCUCAACACCGUCGCCUUCAACGAAGACAGCUAUAUCCAAGAGCGGGGUCUCCCCUCCGGUCCAACCGUCGACUGGCUACGCAAGGAAUACAUCGACCAAGGACGCCUCGGCAAGAAGAGCAAAAAGGGCGGCCUCUACCCCCCGCUCGCGAAAUCCUCUUCCGCAGAAGCAACCCCAGCAAACCCGCACAGCGCAGCAAAAGACAUUUACCUGCUCGAUGUCGGGCUCGGCGGAAACGCAAAGGACGUUUCGCAGGUGCACGCGAACGGCAAGAUCCUGCGCUUCAACCUCGCAACACAGAGAAUCACUCCUGUCCUUGUCGGCCAGAACCUGCCGGACAGUAUCGACGUGUCACUGAGCACGCAGCGCAUCUUCUGGACGAAUAUGGGUCGCAGCAUGGCUGCCUGUGAUGGCUCUGUUUGGUCGGCUGAUCUUGACGGUGGCGAUGUGACGUGUAUUGUCCCUGUUAGACAGGUGCACACGCCUAAGCAGAUUGCGGUUAUCGAGCCGCGGAAGCUGAUUUACUUCUGUGACCGUGAGGGCACAAGCGUGCACCGCUGUGACUAUGAUGGUAGUAAUCACGUUAUUCUGGUACAGCGCCGUGCGGAGCCUGGCUUGAGUCUGUUAGAGCGGACGACGCUUUGGUGUGUGGGUGUUACUGUCGAUGUUGAGCGCGGUCUCUUGUAUUGGACCCAGAAGGGACCUGCUAAGGCUGGUCGUGGUCAGAUCUUCUGCGCUGGCUUGGAUAUUCCGGCCGGUGAGACUGCUGAGAAUCGGACUGAUAUCCAGCGUCUGUGGGACAAGCUCCCCGAACCUAUUGAUAUUGAGUUGGAUACUGAGACUCAGACUCUGUACUGGACGGAUCGUGGUGAGCACCCUUUCGGCUGCACGCUGAACCGCGCGUACAUUGGUGGUGAAGAGAUGGAUAUGGAGAAGGUUAUUCUGGCGCGUCAUUUCCACGAGCCUAUUGGCUUGAAGUUGGAUAAGGCGAACAACAUUGUGUAUGUGGCUGACCUGGGUGGUAGCUUGUACUCGGUAUCGUUGGAAGAUGGACUUAGAACCGAGCUUGUGCGCAAUGAUGUUUGCUUCACUGGUUUGACAUUGAUUUGA